UAUCCAAUAAACAACAUGGCGUCAUCGUGGUUGGAAAAACUGAAAGAGGCACAGAAAACGUGCUUAGUUCAAGAUGGCAGAAGGAAGAUACACUUCACCUUUAAAGAUGGGGCAGAGAUGACAGAGGAAUAUGACCUUCAGACCAGCGAGCUUGUCGUUCGUCGAUGGCGUCGUCAAGGGAAGCUGGGCGGGGCAGGCAAGUGGGAGACAGAGGUGGGAGAGGAAGGUGUGCCCCGGAUGCUGGAAAUGGAGGGCAUAGUGGAAAGUAGCAGCAAUCCAAUGUUUGUCAGGAAAGACAUCAAGAGCAAGUUCCAGUGGCGAGUGAGAAACCUGCCCUACCCUGUUGAGACAUACAAUGCUAGCCUAGAUGAUUCCUCCACACAGGUCAUCAUCAGAACAACAAACAAAAAAUACUACAAGAAGUUUAACAUCCCAGACAUGGAGCGCUUGGGACUGAAAUUGUCAGCUGAUCAGAUCCACUUGGCUCAUGCCAAUAACACACUUAUAAUAUCAUAUAAAAAACCCAAAGAAAUACUGGAUAUAGAGAAACAACUGCAGGAAGAGUUCAAGAAGAUGAAAGCUACCAGUGAUGGGGACAUGGACUGCCGGCCGAGCUGAUGGUACUCACAGACCAAUGGUUUCUACUGUGGAGCUGAACAAUGGCUGCACCAAGUCAAACAUUUUUCAGAAAGGGACAUAACUCUCAUAAACUAAUCGAAAAUC